AUUCCAAUUUCUAUUAAAACUCGAAUAAAAAAUAAAAAGAUAAUAGAUUACUUCAAAUUAUUUAUUAUUUAAAUGAUAAAAACAUCUUUAAUACACAGUUAUAAAAGAUACAAUUUGUUAAUAAAUUGUUAGUAAGGAAGUUCCAUGAAGGAAAUACUUUUUUUUUUUUUUUCUCAAAAAUGCAUGAAAAAGGAUUGUGUGAUGGGGCAAUAGCUGACGUCAUAAAAGAAGACAACAUUCGGCUGUUUUUGGGAUUCCAUGAACAAGUGUGAUCGAAGUGAAUGUGAACUAGUACCCAUUUAACUGUGUUAUGACCCGUCAUGUAUUAUAAUUAGAAUGCAUGGCUAGUUUACCUUAAAGGUGCUCAACCAUAGCUUUUGAUACUAUGUGGGCAAAUCCAUUAAAAUAAUCAUGUAUUAUCAUCGAAAGCAAGGACAUCUUUUGCAUUGACAUAAAUUUGUCAUUCCAUGUGAAACUUAGAAUGUCCGGUGUUCUUGAUGACCCAUACGAAUACAAGAAAAAUCCUUUGUAUAGUAAGAGAGAAUACGGAGAUUUCACUCCUUUUUAUGUAACUAUUACAGUUUGUACUAUACUUGGUUUUGCUUUAAUUCUUCUCAACGUUUUUUUUUGUUGGUGUUCAAAGCACAAAUAUUAUUGGCAAGACAGUAAUACAGGCAAUAGGUGGAUUUCACCUGUCUGGACAAGAACUCCAUACAAACAGCCACCGUUAGAUUUAAGUGAAUUUGAAUUACAAGGGAUUGAAGUACAUGAAGUAUUCGAGGCGAGGGUAGGACAGCAACAAAACGAAGAAUAUUUAGAGCUUCAUAAAAGAGAGAGUGAUCUAUAAUGGGGAUUCAAAUAUUUUGGCCUCCGUUAGCCAUAUUGGUCCUUUUUGUUGGUGUUGUUAUUAUGCUUAUUCUUCGCUAUGGCGGUAGAUUUCUUCAUUUAAGACAUGGUCCUAGACCAGAACGCAGUGACUGGUCUGAUGCUGCCUAUGAGCAAAGGGUUUCUUAUGCUUGAAGAUUAAUCUUCAAACUGAUGUAACUAACUAAUCUAAAACUAUAUUUAAAUGGAUAAAAUUUAUUAGUAGUCUAUUAAUAUAUAGGGAAGAAUUAUUGUUUAUUAUUUUCACUUAGUAAAUUUAUAGGUUCUUUUUUAUUUUGCAAUUUAAUUGCACUUUUUUUCUCAUUACUUUGAUAGUUUUUGUAUGCACAGUUUAAGAGAUCCUUAUAUUUUAUACAAAUGCAUCAGGGAAUAGAAUUGAUCAGGCAAUCAUGGGAAACAACUGAACUUUUAUGAGUAAUACAUAGUUAUAAAAAAAUAAAUUAUUUUAUAAAGGUUAUAAUAAUUUUAAUUGAUCAUUUUGUCUUAUUUGUGCUGAUUGAGAAUCUCAUAUAUUUAUCUUAAUGUAUUGAAUUUAUUUAUAUAUUUAGUGUUUUAUUAACAUUUGUCUGUUGUAUUCUUUAAAAACUAAAUUAUGUUUUAUAUCUAUGCCUCUUGUCUUCUUUAAGAAAAUGUCACACUGCAAGAUAUUAUUGGCACAACUCUUAAAAAUAUGUUUUUGUGAGAAUGAACAUCAGGCACAGUUUAUGUUUCACAUGGAAUUGUUCGGCCAUACCUCCUUGGUAUCUUUCUUUUUCAGGUUCUCCUAUUAUGUCUAGUAGUUUUGGCUGAUUUUUUGAGGUUUGACCAAUCUUAAGAAUGUUAUUUAAAUAAUUCUUAAUAUCUAACCAAUAAAAUUUAUGUUAUUCCUUUUAUUCUCGCUGUGUGAUAUGUAUUACAUUAAUGUGUAUUUGAAUAGUAAUGCAUAAAAAAGUAAUAGAUUUAUGGGAAAGACUGUAAUGUAUAACUAAUCCGUCCAUGCACUAUGUUGUAUAUUUAGUUUAAUUUUGAAG